AAGUCAGCCCAUAGUCAGCCGUGCAGAGUCACUGUUUUGCCCAGAGGUUCCCACUUGGAAGAGCUGCAGAGGCUUCCUCUUGCCAGGACCCUUUGUGAUGCAGCAGAUGCCUUUCUUUCGACAUCAGAUUCAUCCUGAAGCACAGGGCAUAUACACCCUAACUGGCCAGGAAGCUGAACGGAGACAUUCAUGUAUCGUUCAUGAUUACUAAACAACACAUCUAUAAAGGAAGCCUAGAAGUCAGUGAUUCACCGUACUGUUCGUGGGGUGCUUACCGUGAAGAACCACCAGAAGGAAGCGGAUCGUCCUGCAACCUGCUGACAUGAUGCUGGCUGCCCGUCUCUUCAGACCCCUGUCACAGCUCCCAGGAAAAACUCUAAGUGUCUGUGAUAGAGAGAAUUGGACAAGGCACACACUGUUGUUUUACCCAGCAUCCUUCACUGCAUCCACCCGACGGACUUAUGCCAGUGAGGCAGAUGAGGCUAGCGGCAAAGCUGUCCUGGUCACAGGCUGUGACUCUGGAUUUGGGUUCUCUUUGGCCAAACAUCUACACUCAAAAGGUUUCCUUGUAUUUGCUGGAUGCUUACUGAAGGACAAAGGUGAUGCCGGGGUCGAGGAGCUGGACAGCUUAAAGAGCGACCGCCUGAGAACCGUCCAGCUCAAUGUCUGCAAUGGUGAAGAGAUAGAGAAAGCAGUGGAGACCGUCCGCUCCAGUCUGAAGGACCCUGAGAAGGGAAUGUGGGGCCUGGUUAACAAUGCGGGCAUCUCCACAUUUGGAGAGGUGGAGUUCACCAGCAUGGAGACGUAUAAGGAAGUGGCAGAAGUGAACCUCUGGGGCACAGUGCGCACAACCAAAUCCUUCCUCCCGCUUCUCCGGAGAGCCAAAGGCCGUGUUGUUAACAUCAGCAGCAUGCUGGGCCGGAUGGCCAACCCCGCCCGCUCGCCGUACUGCAUCACCAAGUUUGGUGUAGAGGCUUUCUCUGACUGCCUCCGCUAUGAGAUGCACCCUCUGGGUGUGAAGGUCAGUGUGGUGGAGCCCGGCAACUUCAUUGCUGCCACCAGUCUCUAUAGCCCUGAGCGUAUCCAGGCCAUUGCCAAGAAGAUGUGGGAUGAGCUUCCUGAGGUCGUGCGCAAGGACUAUGGCAAGGAGUACUUUGACGAGAAGAUCGCCAAGAUGGAGACCUACUGCAACAGUGGCUCCACAGACACGUCCUCUGUCAUCGAUGCUGUCACACACGCCCUGACUGCUGCCACCCCCUAUACCCGCUACCAUCCCAUGGACUACUACUGGUGGCUGCGGAUGCAGAUCAUGACCCACUUUCCAGGGGCCAUCUCUGACAUGAUCUACAUACACUGAAGAGCUGCAGAGGUCCCUGUGACCAGGGCAUCUGAUGGGAGGGAGGAUGAGGGGAGUUCGUACAGUUACCUUUGAUUACACUUGUGGAUUAUCCACUGUCUUAGGAAGACCUGUUUUAGCAUUAACCUUACUUGUGCACGUGGUGAAUGGUUCUGGGCCUUCACAGAUGUGGGGGAACAGGUGGGGGGCCCUAAGCCUCAGGUUCAACAUGGUGCUUCUACCUACCCCAAGCUGAUUUUAUACAAAGAUUUGUUGGAUAUAUCUUUAUAUUAAAAACAGAUUGUUAUAA